CGCGGUGGGAUCUCGGGGGCCGCGCUCCCCGCCCUCCCGGAUGCUCAGGGCGGGGCGGAGUGGGCGGACACGCGGGCCCCGCCCCUCCAGCCGACAGUCACCUGGGGCCGGGCGCGGCAGGUGCCUGGGUCGCCAGCUCACCGCUUGUGGGCCGGGACUCCGGGCGCCGGACGCUGACCUCGAGCCGCGAGCCGCGAGCCGCGGGUGGUCUCGGGAGGUGGCGGCAGGCAGGGCCCUUCGGGAAGCGACCCCGCGGAUCCCGCCUCGGAGGAAGGAAACACUCUUGCUUCGUCCCCCACUUGUGCAAAACGCUCGGUUACUGCAUGUUUCAUAGUUUGAAGAUUCGUGGCAAACCUGCAAGCAAGUCUCAAAGGGCUAACUCACAUAACUCACAUAUUGGUAUAGCACAAUGAAUUCAAGGAACCAUUAGUAACAUAAACUAGGAAGACCAUCAGUCAAGAAGACCCCCAGGAGAGGAUGGAAAAUAAAUUGCAGCCGUGCUUUAUCAUGCAUUCCAGCGGGUCUUCUUGAAAUUAAAUUAAAACUAUGACAGCUCUUUCUCCAGAGAACUGUUCUUUUCAGUACCAGUUACACCAGCCACACCAGCCUCUAGAUGUUAAUUGUCUGUUAUAUUUGAUCAUACUUGGGAAAAUAUUAUUGAAUAUCCUCACACUAGGAAUGAGAAGAAAAAACACCUAUCAGAAUUUUAUGGAAUAUUUUUGCAUUUCACUAGCAUUCGUGGAUCUUCUACUUUUGGUGAACAUUUCCAUUAUAUCCUAUUUCACAGAUUUUAUUCUUUUAGGCAUUAGGUUUACUAAAUAUCACAUUUGCCUAUUUACUCAAAUUAUUUCCUUUACUUAUGGCUUUUUGCAUUACCCGGUUUUCUUGAUAGCUUGUAUAGAUUAUUGCCUGAAUUUCUCUAAAACUAACAAGCUAUCAUCUAAGUGUCCAAAGUUAUUUUAUUUCUUUGCUGUCAUUUUAAUUUGGAUCUCAGUCCUUGUUUAUGUUUUGGGGGAUCCAACUAUCUACCAAAGCCUGAAGGCACAGAAUGUUUAUUCUUACCAGUGUCCUUUCUAUGUCAGCAUCCAGAGUUACUGGCUGUCACUCUCCAUGAUGCUGAUUUUACUUGUGGCUUUUAUAACCUCUUGGUCAGAAGUUAUUACCUUGAUCCAGGCCAUUAGGAUAACAUCCUAUAAGAAUGAAACUAUACUAUAUUUUCCUUUUUCAUCCCACUCUAGUUACACUGUGAGCUCAAAAAAAAUACUCUUGUCCAAGCUUGUUGUCUGUUUUCUUGGUACUUGGUUACCAUUUGUACUACUUCAGUUAGUCAUCCUUUUACUUGAAGUACAGAUUCCAGCAUAUAUUGAGAUGAACAUUCCCUGGUUGUACUUUGUCAACAGUUUUCUCAUUGCUACAAUUUAUUGGUUUAAUUGUCACAAGCUCUAUUUAAGAGAGAUCUCACUACCUACAGAUCCAUUCGUCAACUGGAAAUGCUGCUUCAUUCCACUUACAAUUCAUAAUCUUGAGCAAAUUGAAAAGCCUAUAUCAAUAAUAAUUUGUUAAUGUUUUCAUGUCAAAACUAAUUAAAACAGCUACGAGAAUCAGAAUUGUACUAUAGUAAGAGUGACAACUUAGGAUAUACCAAAAAAACAAAAUGAACUGAAGCUCUUUUUCCCCUUAACUUUUUAUAACUUUUUGGCAUAUCUUUUAGGGCUGCAAUAUUUAUUAAGUAGUGUUUUCUUUUAAAAACAAAAUAAUGCCAAGAAGUUUUUAAAGUAUGUUCAGGAAUACUAUAAAUACUGACUUGUUAUUAAUAUGAAAGUUAAAUAAGUUAAUGUUUGGCCAUACUGAUGUUUGUAUUGCCCCAAAAAUGCAGAUGUAAAAUGUUAUGUAAAUCUGAGAUUUCAUUGCCAACUUUAAGAUGUGAACUUUAAUAAACACUAUCAAAA